AUGAACCAAUUUAGUGAAUGUAAUGAAUUUUUAUUAGAUGAAAUUGAUAAUUUAAAUGAAAUGGAUGAUAUACUUAUUGAUAUAUUACCAGAAAAUCAAUUAGAAAUUAACAAUGUUAUGAACUUACAAUACGAAUUAUUUGAUUCACAAACUCAACAAAGUAAUAAUGUUGGUUUAAAUGAUAAUGGAUUUUCUGGUAAUAGAGAUUUCAAUAUUGAAGAA